AGCGAAGUCUCACCGAUGAUCAGACAUAUCAAGGUGCAGGAGGAGCUCGACAACAUGCUCCAAAAAGGGUGGAUCAAGGCUGUUGACCCACAGAAGGUACGACACUUUGCUCCUCCACGACCAGUCUUCCGAGAUACAUCGACGACAACUUCAACUAGGGUCACGGUGGAUGGAAGGGAGAUAAAUCAAUACUUGAGAGUUGGGAGUGUUGAUGGUCAGCUCUUAAUCA